GGGAAAGGUAAAAAACAGAAUCACAGGCAGUCAGGGGUAUUUCUGUGGGCAAUGGUCUUCUGAAAAUAGACUUUGACAGGAAUCAGUUGUCUGGUCUACAAUGCUGGGGGCAAAUCUUCAUUUUGGAUCAUGUCCUGAGGACAAAAUUUUGAACUCGCUGCAAGCUACGAUCCAGAGACUGCAAGAACUAUUACAUUCAGAGCAAACUAGCAGCACAGAGGCACCUGGAUCGGAGUUCACCCAAGCUUCUGUGCAUCCUCUUGGACAAGGAGAUUCAGCAAGGGCCCUUAAGAAAGUUUUCCAUCUUUUUAAGGAGUGGAGUGUUCUACACACACAAAGAGUAGGCUCCUUGAGAGAAGCAAUAAGGACAGCAGUACACACACUUAUGGAGCGAGACAGGCACGCAAAUCAUGAGCACAUGCUCCCAAAGAGAGAUACUCAAGCAAAACAACUGGGAGCCUCCAGAGAAGGUAAUUUUCACAAACAGGUCUAUAUCAGUGAUCUCAUUCAAAGUGUUUUGGGAGACGUGCACAGCAUCGAGAAGAUGCUGUUUUCGAUCACAAGUAAAUUUGACAGAGCGAUCACCAUCAUCUCUGGAGCAAAACUGCAAAGUACAGAAGCCGAGACAACAAGGGACGAGAUCAUGAUUCAUGAUCUCAUGAUUCAUUCAAAGGACAGGCUAGUCCUUCCACAGAUAUUUUCUAAAGAGCAAUGUGGCCCUCAAAAUACUGACCCAGAAUACACCUCAAAUGUUUCACCCCUUUCAGACAUUCAGAAAUGUGUCUUUCAAAGCAUCCCGAAUACCCAAGCAGAGACCCAUGCUGCAUUUGGGAGAAAGACUAGCCCACAUGAACUGUUUAAUGAAAGCCCAAUUGAUCUUAUAAGACCUGAAGAGGACAGCAUUCUGUGUGAAGUGCUGAAGGGCCCGAGAAAUGAUGGCCAUGGACGUCUGGGAGAGGAUGUUGGAGAGAUGAAGAAAGAACCCGUACAGGAGGAUGAAAGACACAAGAAGGCAGAGAAGGCCGGCACAGUGGUUAUGGAUGAACGUAUAAGCUGUACACACAAGUGUAUUACAGUAGGUUUAACAGAUUCAGCAAGAUCUUCCUCCAAAGUUCUGUGCUAUAUAACUGCCCCCCUGGAAGUCACAAAGGUCAUCACAUGUAAAUCAGUGGACGGCCUCAGCUCUCUCAUGGUGUCCGGGUCAGAGGAGCUGGUCAGCAGCGUGCUCAGACUUGAAAACCUCAGCAACAUGAAGUGUCCCUUCCCACUUACUGUAGCUGUACCUUUUCAAGCUUGUUACCGCCUGAAUUACCGUGAGGCUGUGGUGAAAGUGGUGGACCAAGAGCAGAGGAUCAGUUAUGUCACUCCGCUAGCCACUGAGGGCAUCUAUGGAGGCCGCAGGGGUACGUUCGCAGUGGUGAGGGUGUACACUCUUGGAGUAUUCGCAGUCUUAUCCCGUUUGCAGAGGGAGACAUUCACAAUCCCAAAAAGAGGUCUGUGUCUCAAACUGAGGGUGGACUCCAGGAUAUGCCUAGACUAUCCACCUGGAUCUUUCAGCACACCGGUGGUUGCCCAAGCAAUGGUGCAGCCUGUAGAUGCUAUGCUCUUGUCUUCAUUGAAGUGCAGAAAUGAUUCCUGCCACUCCAUCCUCACCACUAGCCCUCUACUGUAUCUGAAUCACCCGUUAACUGUGAGCCCUCUACGACCUUUGACCCUAACACUGCCCUGUCCUCCUAAACCUAAAAAAACAGGAGAGGAGAAGAGCUGCACUUACUCUGAUAGCACAACUCUCAUGCCUGAAACCAUCUCAUCCCACCGGGUCAGGGUUUUAAGUGCAUCAGUGAAGGCAUCCAGAAAGCUGACUAAAGAGCAGCUGGUUGUCCUGGGCUGGAAAGAUGAGCACUGGAAUGUUCUGGAUAAAGUCACUGUGAGGAACUUGCAGAAUGACCUUGUUUCUUUUGAGGUCUUGCAGAACUAUGAGAGGCUGAUAGUACUUCGUCUGCUCUCUUCAGUAAAACCUUCUUGCUUGAUGCUCUUUGCUGAGGAGCUGCAGGAGUCAGUGAGGACCUGUACAGUAUCCAUAGCCAUCCACAAAAGUCAGAAGGACCCCAGCAGUGUGGUUCUGGCUAUCCUGCCCAGUAGAGACCUGAGCUGGGGACUGGCUGAGCUCCAUGCUCAGGCUUACUGUGGAUCUCCAGAGCAAUCUGCUGAGAUAUUGUUGAGGGAGGGAGAGCAGCUGCUGCUAAAGUUCAGCGGCAAUAUUACCAGCACAGGUGACCAGUGCACAGAGCCUCACACACUCACAUUCCACAAUCAGAGGAGGAAUUGGCUCUGUCUGCAGCUGAAAGAACUGGACCCGUUUGGAAACUACAGCUCACCUUAUUACAAAGGCACGGCUUUACUUUUCCAAAUCCCUAAAGAUCAGCUGGUAUGGAGGGAAGACAAAGCAGUUAUAUCAGAAGACUAUUGCUUAGGACAACCGGGCUGUAAGCUGUCACUCACUCUUCCAAAGACUGUGAAAACUCUAUCUCGACCAAUCAGUGCAAAAUUCUUGCAGCAUGAUCAGACAGGUAAGAAGGAAUAUUCAAAUCCACCCUCUCUACGAAUUUUUAUUCACCUUUAUCCUCUUCUUCUGCCAGACCCACUCUGUGAUGAGCUGCUAGCCUGGCUUUGUUGCGAGCUGUCCGAAGAAGAUGCUUCCCUGCUGGUCAUGUGCCUUCGCCUGCGCCGUUCAUCUGUCCAGCUGGCCCGACUCCGAGCUCCAAACAGCCUCGCGCUGCAGAUUUUCCACAUCCUGACCACAUGGAGACAAGCCCUGCCUUCCCUCACACCAAAAUGUCCUUUGCUUGCCCACUGUCUGAUUCGCAUCGGCAGGCCAGAGCUUGCCGCAGAGCUGCUGAGAAAAGGUCCAGCUGUGGACAGGAGUGAGAGGAGAUGUGCAGAAACACACAUUACAAUGUAAUGGCCCUACAUUACUUGAGGUUAAGGGGAACACAUAAAGUAUAAAGUGUAAGUAUGUUUAGAUAUGAGCUCUAGAUCUGAAAGAUUAAGUUUAUUCUGUUAAUUCUCAGUUGGAGAGUCAUUGAGCAUUACAGAAAUAGAUACAACAGGUUUGUAAGAAGGAUAUCUGAAUAUGGGUUUGCGUUGCUGUGAGAGAAAUAAAAGUACUGAUCAAAUUUCAAUUCAAUUCAAUUCAAUUCAACAAGCUUUAGUGGCAUAACCAUAUACAUGUACAGUAUUUCCAAAGCAUUACAGGAAA